AUGACCCAUCAAGCACUUUUGGCCACAGUUACAGCUCAGGCACAGAUGCAACUUCAAGCAGCACGUCCUUCCUCAUCAGAAGCAUUGCCCGGUCCUUCACCAGAACCUGCAUCCAUCAACCUAGCGCCACUACAACAAAGGCCUUCACCAGUAUCUGAAGACAACAUCUCUACCCCAGAGCCAAUGCAACCUCCUCCAUCUGACCAUAAAUCUGAGGCUCAGUCCACUCAAAUUGUUGUGAAGACUAGCUCUAGUGAUGGAUAUAACUGGCGAAAGUAUGGUCAGAAGCAGGUUCAAAGUAGUGAUAGAUCACGAAGCUACUAUAAAUGUACCAAUGUGACCUGUUUUUCUAAGAAGAAGGUCAAGCGUUGCCCAGAUGGUCAAGAGACCAAAAUAAUUUACAGAGGUUAG